CGAACUGACUGGCGGAGGGGGAAGGGGAGGCUGAGAGACUGGAUAGAGCGUACAAAUAAAACCUAAUGUAUAGCAGUCAGCCUGAGACAGAGUGAAAAGACAGAGGGGAAGAAAGGGAAAACAGAAAAGGUGGGCAGACUGGUGUUGUUAAGUGGUGUCGAGACAAAGACGCGCGCAGAGGAACGCACGCGGAGAGGAGCCUCAACAAGCUUUCUCUGUGACUGUGAGAAUCCUUCAUUUUUGCUUCCUUCCUGUUUUCUCCAUUUCCUCACCCUCUCCUGAUCGAUUGAAGCCAUGCCCAUUGUGUCUGCAAGCACAGGGCUGCAUGAGACUCUGGCUCUGCUCACAUCUCAGCUCCACCCUGAUGCCAACCAUAAAGAGGACCUGGUUUUUCUCAGGGAUGUCUUCAGUGAGAAAAGCAUCGGUUACCUCAUGAAGAUUCACGAGAAACUGAAGCAGUAUGAGAAGUACAGCCCCACUCCAGUCCUACACAGCGCGUCUUGUCUGGCAGAGGACCUGGCAGAAGAGCUUCAGAACGGACCUCUGGAGGAUGACGAGCAAGAACUCCUCCUCCUGCUCAGCACUCCUCAUUUGAAGGCAGUGCUGUCAGCUCACGACAUUGUGGCCCAAAAGAAGUUUGACCCAGUGCUUCCGCCAUUGCCAGAUGAUUUAGAUGACGACCUAGAGGAGGAAUCGGUAAAGAUCGUCCGCCUGGUUAAGAACAAGGAGCCACUGGGUGCAACCAUUCGGAGAGAUGAGGCCACAGGAGCUUUAAUCGUGGCCAGAAUCAUGAAGGGAGGGGCAGCUGACCGCAGUGGUUUGGUACAUGUUGGCGACGAACUUCGAGAGGUCAACGGAAACCUGAUAACCCACAAAAGACCAGAUGAGAUUAGUCAGAUUCUGUCGCAGUCACAAGGCUCCAUCACGCUGAAAAUCAUCCCAGCUGUUGCAGAAGAUGACAAACUGAAAGAGAGCAAGGUCUUCUUUCGGGCUUUGUUUGACUACACACCUUUUGAGGACAAGGCCACACCAUGCCAAGAGGCUGGACUCCCAUUUAAGAGGGGGGACAUUCUUCAGGUUGUCAGCCAGGAGGAUGCCACCUGGUGGCAGGCUAAGAGAGUGGGCGACUGCAACCUGCGUGCAGCCCUCAUCCCCUCCACACAGUUUCAGGAGAGACGCCUGAGAUACAGAAUGAAGAUAGCGUCCCUUCCUGGUGCUGUGUCUCCCAAAGCAUAUGAUCGAACUGAGAGAGAAGACUGUGAGAGUAAAGGUCUGAAUGGAAAAGACGUAGUUUCUCCUAAGAGUAAGGCAGCCCCUGUCUUCUGUGGCCAUGCUUUCUUGUGGGAUUUUUACUCAGCCAGCCUCCGUAGAAGUUUUCACCUCAGAAAAGAUCGACAGAGCUCACCUGCAGAAGUGCACACUCCAGAAGCCAAUCACACAGAGUUCCUGAUUUAUGAAGAAGUUACACAAUAUUUGCCACAUCCUGGCGAGAGACCCCGCCUUAUUGUACUGAUGGGAUCAUUAGGAGCUCGGAUCACUGAGCUCAAACAGAAAGUGAUUGCUGAGAAUCCUCGACGGUACGGUUUGGCUGUGCCUCACACAACUCGAGCCAGGAAGAGUCAUGAAAGAGAGGGAGUCGAGUAUCACUUCAUCACUAAAGCAGCUUUCGAGGCCGACAUCCAGAAUGGCAAGUUUAUUGAAUACGGGGAGUACAAAGAAAACCUGUAUGGCACCAGUUUGGAGUCGAUUCAUAGAGUUUUGAAUCAAAACAAAAUCUGUCUAGUGGAUGUGCAACCAGAGGCUCUGAAGACUCUGAGGACGGCAGACUUCAAACCAUUUAUCAUCUUUGUGAAGCCUCGCAUCUAUGAUGGUCAGAGAAAACACUUUGGCUCCUCUUCCUCACUCAGCACGGGGAUCUCUGAGGAAGAUCUUCAGGAAAUGAGACAGUCGGCAGAGAAGAUGGACAAGAGCUACGGCCACUGGGUGGACUAUGUCCUGAUCAAAGAGGAUGCAGUCAGUACCUUAGCGGAGCUCCAAGUUGUACUGGAGCGGGUGCAGAUGGAACCACAGUGGGUGCCUCUGUGCUGGGUGAGGCGCUAGCCAGCUCAGCUUCCUGAACGGGCCCACCUGUGCAAGGACACAAAACUAGGGGGUACUUUGAGAAUUAUCCAGUGUUUGCUGCGGUGUAAUCAUUCCUCAUAUUUGGGUUUGUGAUAACUGAGUGGUAUCAUCAUAAAACAUCAAAGCCUGUUGUAGACUGGUCAGCAUAUGACCAGUCAUCACAGAUGCAGUGUUGGUGUACAUACUGUAUAUCGUUUAAGUACAAUCGUAGGUAGUAGUACAGAUAACAGGCAUGCAGGACUAAUUUUAAGUUGAGCCAUAAUGUGAAGUGCCAUAUUGAACAUGUUGAAUCUACACAAACUAUGAUAGUAAAAUGAAAGGAUGACUUUACUGUGUGCUACUUACUUACACACUGUAUGAUUGCUGGUACCUUACGUUUAAGUCUGAAGAUUAACUAGUAAAAAUUUGUUCAGAAAUUAAAAGCCAGCAAAUUUUAGGGAAACCAUUUA